AAUGGUUAAUAUAUUGCAUUUUGUUAUCUUCAAAGUAGUUACUCAGAGUACAAGAUGCGGCUCUUAAAAAUUGACCAGAAAAUAUUAGCACAAACCAUUCCUUUCAGUGAACUAAGAGAAGUUAGAAGUAUAGCUAUCUUAACGAUCACAGUUUUAAGAAGAGAUGACUGGGUAAAGCGGUAGCAGAACAGAAUAUCUUAGGUUCAUUAUUCAACAAAUUUAGGCUUCCUUUAAAAGGCAGGCCUGGAGAUGCACCACGCAGGUGAUCUGCAAAGCUCCCUGUGCCCUGCCGCUGCAAACAUUCUGUCCAAGUGACUCUCCAGGUGGGGAAACCUGUUCAGUGACUUUUUCAAAACCACUAAUAGAGUUUCUGCACCGCAGCUUCCCCGCCCUGGAGAUUCUUAAGAGUGGAGAAGUCUUUAGGAAUUCUUGUGAAAAGUACAUUUUAUGUCAUCCCGAAAGAAUUUCACAGGCCCAUCACUGAAUGUAGCUGUAUCAAAGCACAUCCUCCGGCCGAGGCGCUGGAGGCGGGGCAUUGAGGUGGGUCAGGAGCGAGUUCCGGGGCGCCAGCAGUGUCCUGCAGUGCGGGCUGCCAGAACUCCCCCAGGGCACCGCGGAGCCUUAACCGGGAUUGCCUGACCUAAGGAAAGCAGUCGCACUUUCUUUUCCUUCAUUGGCCUUGUGACUAUUUUGCCCGUUUCCUCGCAUGCUUAAACAAUCUCAGAGAGCAGAAAGGUGCAGGAUUACUGAGUUACUAGCAGGCUAAAGGCAGGAAAUGUCCAUGUUCGUCCACCCCUAUGUAGACCGGGCAGGUGAAUUACCUUUACUGUUCUCCCCCCAAGGGUCCUUUGCGAUGAAAACAAAGUGAGUUUCAGAUGAUAUUGAUGCAUGCUUUUUUAAUGUUGAGGUAUUAAGAGAAGUAGACUAAGGUGUGUCAUUUGUACAGCAUAUGAAUUUUAUGUGAAAAACAUAGAGCCCCACAGAACAAGGUUGUUUUAUGGUGUCAAUAAAUAAUUUCAUUUUUCAUAUGUCUACAUCAUCCCUGUCUCUCUUUCCAGGCCGGGCACUUAUAUAUAUGAAUGAGUUGAAAACCUGUGCUGGUGAAAUCAAAACUCAUAAACUGGAGCAGAAGGAAAAUGUGCCCCCAAGUCCUGAGGUCUGCAUCUCCCAUCAGGAGGUAGAAAAGAUUUCUGCAACUGAGAAUAGACUGGCAGUCCAUUCCACCCCUGCUGAAGAUGCCUGUUGUAAGCAUGUGCCCUUAGCUUUGGAGGCAGGUAACUCGCGGGUGAAGAAUGAGGCACAGCCACCUGUGUCCCCCACGCUGAGUCCAGAUGCCAGAGCCUCCAGCCUUUCUGAAAGCUCUCCUCCCAAGACGGUGAAGAAGUUUCAGGCACCUGCCAGAGAGACCUGUGUUGAAUGUCAGAAGACAGUCUACCCCAUGGAGCGCCUCCUGGCCAACCAACAGGUGUUUCACAUCAGCUGCUUCCGUUGCUCCUAUUGCAACAACAAACUUAGUCUAGGGACAUAUGCAUCUUUACAUGGGAGAAUCUACUGUAAGCCUCACUUCAAUCAACUCUUUAAAUCUAAAGGCAACUAUGAUGAAGGCUUUGGGCACAGACCACACAAGGAUCUGUGGGCAAACAAAAAUGAAACCGAGGAGUCCUUGGAGCGACCAGUCCAGCUUCCCAAUGCGGCGGAGAUGCCGCAGAGCCCUGGGGUAGAAGAUGCCCCCAUUGCUAAGGUGGGUGUGUUGGCUGCGAGUAUGGAAGCCAAGGCCUCCUCCCAGCCGGAAAAGGAAGACAAGCCGGCGGAGACCAAGAAGCUGAAGAUCGCCUGGCCUCCCCCAGCUGAGCUCAGCAGCUCAGGAAGUACCUUGGAGGAAGGAAUCAAAGUUUCUAAACCGAAAUGGCCCCCUGAGGAUGACGCGAACAAGCCGGAAGCUCCUGAGGACGUAGAUCUGGAUCUGAAAAAGCUGAGACGGUCUUCCUCACUGAGGGAGAGAAGCCGCCCGUUCACGGUCGCAGCUUCAUUCCGAACCUCCUCUGUCAAGAGCCCCAAAAACUUGUCCCCACCUAUCAGGAAAGGCUGGAGCAUGUCAGACCAGAGCGAGGAGUUUGCAGAAGGGGUAGUAGCAGAAAGGAAACAAGUAGAAAAUGCCAGGGUUCCCGAGAAGAGUGACAGCGUGGAGAAAAAGACCUGGCAGAAUAAGGAAUCUAAAAGAGGAGAGCUGGGGAGGAGAAGUAGGGAAAUUCACAGUUUUGAGAUGGGAAGUGAGAAUCUUCUAGAAAAUGCUGCAAACCUCAAUGAUGAUUAUAGCAGCCUCCUCAAAGAGCAGUCUCCAGUAGAACCCAAGACUGCAAACUGGUCCAGCUUUGCAGAUGACACCUCCACUAAAGAAUUCAGUACUCAGAAUCAGAAAUCCCAGGAUACAGGGUUCUGGGAGGGAGAAGUGGUCAAAGAGCUGUCUGUAGAAGAGCAGAUAAAGAGAAAUCGGUACUAUGAUGAGGAUGACGAUGACGAGGAAUGACAGCCUGCAGCAGGCCUUGAAUCCAUCUUAGUGUUAGUGAACCGCUGCCCUUUGUCAAAGUGAUGCAAGAGACAAGAACCCUAACAUGAACUGUCAUUUUCAGCAACUUGGAAAUGAAUUCCUGCUACCAAAAAAAAAAAAGAAACAUAGUGCAGUAAACCAAUUCGAGUCAUGCUGCACACAUGUGAUCCCAGCAGGAUCACCCUCGAGUUCAAGGCCAGCCUGAGUUAUAGCAAGACUCUGUCUCAAAACAAAAACAAAAAACACAAACCAGUUCUAAGUGCUAAAGAUAACAUUUCUUAAAUCUUAAAUUUUAGCCAUGAUGAUAUGCAUAAGUGCUUAUAAGCAGGGAAAUAUUCCAACUGAUAUAAUCUAGAUUCCACUGUAUUCCCAAAAGAUAAUAUUAGAUAGAUGGUUAAUAGUACAUUUUUAUACUACAGAUACUAUUGUGGAAAUAAGAGAACAUACACAAGGGAUUUAAGGGUCUAAACAUUAUGAUUGAAUGCACUUUAGUAUAAAGGGCACAGUUUGUAUACUUUUAAAGGAAUACCAAUUUGAUUUUUUUAGUAUUCAGCUCUUAAGAGAUGAAAUAUUUACUCUUCUAAAAUUUUUUUAGGUUAAUUUUCUUACUCUGAUUAUAUGGGGAAUUUAUCACUUUGCAUCCUACUCUGUACAUCUUGAAUUGAAUUAUUGAGGUACAAGAUAGCCACUUUUUCAGAGCACCUUUUGAGACAGUUGAAGAACCAACCUAAAAGUUUUGGGGCUUGGAGAGAUCCACUGUCUCCCAAAUGUGCUGUGGUAUUUGCCAAUGAGUUUGACUACACCCUAAGUGAUUGCUUUCCCUUUUGUGCUAUCCAUGCUUCUCCCAAUUUACUGAAGGUUGCGAUAUUUUUGUAAGACCUUUGGAUCAUUAUUCACCAAGCUCCAUGUUAGAGCAAAGUGAGUUCAAAGGAAGAAUAACAGAAAGAACUGCCUUAACCCACUUAAGCUCAGCUCUCCAAACCUGUACUUCACUUCUGAUAUCCCCUUUCUAAAACACGAAUUUUUAAAUACUUAGCUCUGAAGUGUAUUGGCUGUUUAUGGCAGACUGUGUUCCCAGAAUGAAAUGAAACCAGCGAUAGGCCUUUUUAUUGGGAUGGUUUUCUUUAGUAUUAAGGCUUGGAACAUAUGAGCUUGAGCACAUUUGCUGUACAUAAUUGAUAUUCCAAAUUGUAUGUAGGGGAGGAAGAGGUAUUUCAAGAUACAGGCUUUUCUUUGUACUGCUUUUAUAUUUAGCCCUAAUUUUUAGAGAUGUAAAAUAUUCUGUUUUCUUACUGUCUUGAUUAGUCUGGGACAUUUUUAUUCAAUAAAGGUUUUAAUUUAAUUUGAA